GCUAGUAUUAUCGCCGGUAAUUGGCUACAGCAAAGAGUGAGGAAAAUGGCCGCCAGUACCUCUUUAGUCCCUGUAUCGGUGACGGCUGUUGUGAUGCCCGGCCUGUCCACGAACGCGGAUUUCUCAGAUUUGCGGGAAAUUAAAAAGCAGUUGCUGCUUAUUGCCGGCCUUACUCGGGAGCGGGGCCUGCUGCACAGUAGCAAGUGGUCCGCGGAGUUGGCCUUCUCUCUGCCCGCGUUGCCUCUGGCCGAGCUGCAGCCGCCGCCGCCUAUUACAGAGGAGGAUGCCCAGGAUAUGGAUGCUUACACCUUGGCCAAGGCCUACUUUGAUGUUAAAGAGUAUGAUCGCGCAGCGCAUUUUCUGCAUGGCUGUAAUAGCAAGAAAGCCUAUUUCCUGUAUAUGUAUUCCAGAUAUCUGUCUGGAGAGAAAAAGAAGGAUGAUGAAACAGUUGAUAGCCUAGGUCCCUUGGAGAAAGGACAAGUAAAAAAUGAGGCUCUUAGAGAAUUAAGAGUGGAGCUCAGCAAAAAACAUCAAGCUCGGGAACUUGAUGGAUUUGGCCUUUAUCUGUAUGGUGUGGUGCUUCGAAAGCUGGACUUGGUGAAAGAGGCCAUUGAUGUGUUUGUGGAAGCUACUCACGUUCUUCCUUUGCACUGGGGAGCCUGGUUAGAACUCUGUAACCUGAUCACUGACAAAGAAAUGCUGAAGUUCCUGUCUUUGCCAGACACCUGGAUGAAAGAGUUUUUUCUGGCCCAUAUAUACACAGAGUUGCAGUUGAUAGAGGAGGCCCUACAAAAGUAUCAGAAUCUCAUUGAUGUGGGCUUUUCUAAGAGCUCAUAUAUUGUUUCCCAAAUUGCAGUUGCCUAUCACAAUAUCAGAGAUAUUGACAAAGCCCUCUCCAUUUUUAAUGAGCUAAGGAAACAAGACCCUUACAGGAUUGAAAAUAUGGACACAUUCUCCAACCUUCUUUAUGUCAGGAGCAUGAAAUCUGAGUUGAGUUAUCUGGCUCAUAACCUCUGUGAAAUUGAUAAAUAUCGUGUAGAGACAUGCUGUGUAAUUGGCAAUUAUUAUAGUUUACGUUCUCAGCAUGAGAAAGCAGCCUUGUAUUUCCAGAGAGCCUUGAAACUGAAUCCUCGGUAUCUUGGGGCCUGGACGCUGAUGGGGCAUGAGUACAUGGAGAUGAAGAAUACCUCUGCUGCCAUCCAGGCUUAUCGACAUGCCAUAGAGGUCAACAAGCGGGACUAUAGAGCUUGGUAUGGCCUUGGGCAGACUUAUGAAAUCCUUAAGAUGCCAUUUUACUGCCUUUAUUAUUACAGACGGGCCCACCAGCUUCGGCCCAAUGAUUCUCGAAUGCUGGUUGCAUUAGGAGAAUGUUAUGAGAAACUCAAUCAACUAGUGGAAGCCAAAAAGUGUUAUUGGAGAGCAUAUGCCGUGGGAGAUGUAGAGAAAAUGGCUCUGGUGAAGCUGGCAAAGCUUCAUGAGCAGCUGACGGAAUCAGAACAGGCUGCCCAGUGUUACAUUAAGUACAUCCAAGACAUCUAUUCCUGUGGGGAAAUAGUGGAACACUUGGAGGAAAGCACAGCUUUCCGUUAUCUGGCCCAGUACUAUUUUAAGUGCAAGUUGUGGGAUGAAGCUUCAACUUGUGCCCAAAAGUGUUGUGCAUUCAAUGAUACCCGUGAAGAAGGAAAGGCCUUGCUUCGGCAAAUCCUGCAGCUGCGGAACCAAGGCGAGACUCCUACAACUGAGAUGCCUGCUCCCUUUUUCCUCCCUGCCUCACUGUCUGCUAACAACACUCCCACACGCAGAGUGUCUCCACUCAACUUGUCUUCUGUCACACCAUAGCAGGCUGCUUUCAAGACAGCACUUUGCUACACCUGUGUUAAGCCUUACCUCCAUAUAAAGAACAGCCAUAUCUGUUCUCCCGAGGACUGCAGCUCUUCUCAUUUCUACAGAUGGAAACAGCUCCCUGGGGACAAUUUAUCACCUUCAGAGGCAGACAGAAGAAUACUGGCAGGAGCACAUACUGUCUUUUGCCAGUUAGAAGCACUUCUAUCUCCCUUCUGCUCAGUGACUAUAGAUUUUUGCCCUUCUUCUACCCCACCCCUCACCCUCCAAUCCCUGUUAUAGCACUUUAAUACAGACAAUGCUACAGGAACAAGGUUUUAAUGCUAGGCGUGGGGCAGGCAAGGAAGGGAGAGACCUAUCAUUCCAGCAGUAGGGGCACUAAAUGCCCUAGGAAGGAGUUAGGGCAGGAGGCAGAAACCACCUCUUGAAUUUGCUGAGCAUGGCCUCUAUUUUGAUGUCAGAGAAUAGGUUUAAAUGGAGUCGAGUUAAAUUUGUUCUUAUUUUACAAGAUAAGUCUUCAAAAGUUUUGAAAAGGGGUCUUCUAAAACCUUUCAAAUUGAAAGUAACUGGUUGAAUAUAAAAGAAAAACCCAUUAGGCAUGAACUAUUGUUGCCCCAUUCAGAGGGCAAAGAUGGCUUUAGUAUUAGCAGUACUCCUACCAAAGCAAAGCUAGAAGCAGGAUUACAAACAAUGUCAUGAAUAUUUGCAGGUAACCUGGUGUGGUACUGGGGAUUGAACCCAGGGUCUUCAUACUGAGCCGCAUCUCCAGCCCUUUUUAAAAAUUGUUUGAGGGCUUGAGAUUUAGUUGUGAUGCUGCCGCUGCCACCGCCGCCUCACAAGUGCAAGGUUCCUAGUUUGUUCCCCAGUAUCAAAAAAAAUUUUUUUGUUUUUGUUUGAGAAAGGAUCUCUCUCACUAGUCACAUUACACAGGCUGGGCUGGGACUUGUAAUCCUCCUGCUUUGGCUUCCUGCAGUGCUGGGAUUAGAGGUGUGCACUGCUACCAUGCCCAGCCAUGCUGGUCUGUUUUAAUAAACACUUGAUGGUAUUUUCCCCCUUGUGUCCAAAAGAAUUUUUUUAGACUUAAAUGUAUAGACAAGGUAAAAAGUCAUUGUUUCGUGCUCUAAGAGGGUUUCAGGUCUUUGCACGCACGAUCAGUAGACACUGAGUGCUGUACUGUAAUGAAUCCUAGAUGCUGUGGAUCAUUCUGAGCCCAGGAUUUAGCUGGGUGUGGUGGGACACACUUGGGAGGCAGCCUGGGCUACAUAGUUCAAGGCCAGCCUGAACUACAGAAGGACCCUAUCUCAAAACAAAGUGUUUGAGUCUUGAUUUUUCUGCCCUUUUUUAAUGAUUUUGUUAAAUUUGG